AUGAAAAAUUCUGGAAUUCAGAGAAAAGGUGCAAAACGAGUUAAACAGAAUUCUAAUUCAGCAAAGGACAGAUAUGAAAAUGUGUUGAUGUACGUAGACGAUUCUAAUCCUUUAAGAAAUUCCAAUCAAGGAUUUAAACCGAAUAACGUAGGACCGAUGACCACAGAUCCACUUGAGAAAGUUCUGCAAUCAAUAAACGUCUUUCCCAUAGUCAAUAUUCAUCUAUUGGAAAACAAUUUAAAAGACUUACUGACAUGUGAUAGUAAUGACGAUAGUUCUCAAAUAAGUCAAGCUUUGCAUGGUAAUUUAGCAAAAGAAAUAGUAAAUACAAUUUUUAAUGAGAUAAGCGACGACAAAGAUAAAGAAUUACAGAAAAUGAUGAAUUAUGGUCUACCCAAUAAUAGUAAAUGCUUAAAUUCAUUAAAACAUAAAAAUUUAGACAACCGAAGAUCAGAUUAUAAAACAUCGAAUUCCGAUACAAUUGAAAAAGCCGCUUGCCGCUCCUUGACAUCCGAUUUCCAUGAUUUUUUGCAAUGGCUAUUAGAUAUAGAAAAUUCUUCGGAAAUGACAGACGAAGCAACGAAAGAAAAUACGUAUUCGAAUGACGAUUUAGGUGGUAAUUUAAAUGACUGGCACCUAAAAGCCAAAAUUAUAAAACACCUUCUAGACGAAUACAAAUUGCUUUCUAAAACAGAUAAGACUAAAUUGCAAAGCCUACAUGAAUAUUUGGUCAAUAGAUAUGAAUUUGUUAAACAUUAUAUG